GAAGAUUCUGGUAUUUUUGGUCAAAUAUUAGGUGGUUACAAAACCAGCAUGAGAGGAUAUAUAUAGUAAAAUCACGACACAGUAGUUUGUAGUAAAAACUGAAAGAAGACAACAUGGACAGGACGGUCAGCCUUCCCAACCAGCCCGACAAAACCAUCAGAGUGACUCUGGUUGAGAGCAGCAGCACCCCCAGCGGGCUGGAACUGGUCAGUUCCUACCAGACCCACAGAGUGGGAGACCCCAUGGACCUGGUGGCCCUGGCAUCACAAGUACAAAAGGGAGAUGAUUUCAUUAAAGCCAACGCUUGCAGCAAACUGACAGUCAUUGCUGACCAGAUCAGAUACUUACAGGAACAGGCGAGAAAGGUUUUAGAAGAUGCCAAAAGAGAUGCUGACCUCCACCAUGCUGCAUGUAACAUUGUGAAAAAAGCAGGCAACAUGUAUUUCCUCUACCAGCGAUCAUCUGGACAGAGAUACUUCUCCAUCAUCUCCCCUAAGGAAUGGGGUCCAAGUUGCCCACAUACGUUUGUCGGUGCAUUCAAACUUCAACAUGACAUGUCCUGGACGCCCGUGGACGAGGUGGAGAAGAGGGAUGCAGAGAUCGCCAUCAUGGGCAAACUCCUCAGCCAGCAGACCGACUUACCGCCUUACACAGAACCCAACUUCAAGGGCCUCACUGAUUAAAGGACUGCUGAACUGGACUGGAGUUUGAAAAGGACACACGGUGGAUGCUAACUGUAGUCUUAAUGGACAUGCAUUGUAAAAAUCCAUGCAUGGAUUGGAAUGGAUGAGAUCAAUGCACCCGUCAGUGUUUUGGUUACUUUCAAGUGCACAAUGCAUUACUACAACUCUUUGGUUUUAUACACAUCAAUUGCUGAUGUUGAACCAGUUGCAACCUCAGGGAUGUUUUUUUCUGAAAUGAAAUGUAUACAACUGGGCUAAACUUGCAAGACUGUGCAUGGACACAUUUUCAUCAAACCUGUUUCACGGACAUUUAGUUGGUUCUCACUGACACUCAUCAGGAUGAGAUGUAAAGCUGCCCUGCUGUUUAUAUUCAGGGUUACUCACCAGAACACAUUGUGUGUAUCUGGGAGGCUGAACAAACAUGAUCAACACAUUUACUGAAUAGCUUUAGACCAGCAGAACAGCAGGAUGUGACUCAUGUGCACAGCUGCAACGAUAAGUCGAUCAAGGGAAAAAUAAUUGCAACUACUCCGAUCAUCGAGUAAGGUAGAUGUUGUCUUCAGCCUUUCAAAUAGAUUUCCUGUUUUCUCUUUUUAUAUCAUGUUAAAGUGAAUACCUUUCAGUUUAAAAGACUCCAACUUAUUUUAAAUUCUUAUUUUCUGACAUUUUACAGACCAAAACUAUUUAUCUAGAAAAUAAAUCAUCUGCAAGUUAAUCGAUAUUGAAACAUCGAUCAAACCCUAAUCGUGUGUAUGAUUAAAACAAACACUUCACAGGGUACCUUUAAAGUCUUACAUGGAGUUUUGUGCAUCCAUUCCAACUUUGAUUUUGUAUGGCCUUUUAUUUAGGAGAGAAAUACAUAUAAUAAUAAUAAUAAUAAUAAUACAAAUAAAUCCUGUUCAACUCAA